AUGAAGGUAAUCAACUACGUUUGCUACAUCUUCUUCGUACUUGUAUGCUUGAUGAACAUGGUACAUUCCGAGAAUCCUCAGAACAAGAUCGAACAACAAUUCUUAAACGCUCUCACGGCAGACGAAUCGCAGAAAAUGAAGAGACCAUUUUGCAAUACAUUCAGCGGAUGUGGGAAGAAAAGGAAUUUCUAUGAAAAUCGAGCCGAUUCUCCGAACCAGGAAGAAAGCGGCAGCAUCCGACUUCCGCUUUCUGUCUACAAGGCAUUGCUGAGGGCAGCCUCUCAAAAUGUUCGCAACACAAUUGAACGUGACAUGAAUGAGUACCAGUUGUCAGGACUGAUUCCGCAGGUUUAUUUUUCUGGCAGAAUGCCUCUUCCUAAGAGGUUCGACAUUCCAUCAUCGUCUCUAGAGUAA